UCCAACUCAUUAUCACACCACUCAGCUCUCUCAAACCUCCUCAUGGACUCACUCAUGGUCAGUUCUGGGUAUAAAGUGUAUCCUCGUGAGGCUGGGGGUUCUGCACUUGUCUUUUGCUCUGGAGGCACCAAAUGAAGUCUCUUGCAAUGGAUGCAUGACUCAAAACUAAAGUGGCAUCUUUUUAAGCACAAUGGAUAAUGCCCACAGUCCAGAGGUCAAGUUCAGACUGGAUGAGGGCCCUGAUCAUCCCACAGCCCUGAGAGGACAAUGGUCAAGCAAAAUUGAGUUUCUUCUAGCUGUGGCGGGACAAAUUAUAGGGCUGGGAAAUGUGUGGAGAUUUCCUUAUCUGUGCUACAAAAAUGGAGGAGGUGUGUUCUUCAUCCCGUACGUACUUUUCCUCUUCUCCUGCGGCAUUCCCUUGUUUCUGUUGGAGACAUCCCUUGGCCAGUACACCAAGCAGGGAUGCAUCACCUGUUGGAGAAAAAUUUGCCCGCUCUUUGAAGGGAUGGGUUAUGGCAGUCAGGUGGUGGUUUUAUACUCCAGUAUCUACUAUAUAGUGAUACUAGCCUGGGCAUUCCUGUAUCUGUUCUCUUCCUUCAGCUCUGAACUUCCUUGGGCGACCUGCAGGAACAGCUGGAACACAGAAAAUUGUGUGGAGUUUAAUCAAAGACCAGAUUAUUUCAACCUGACGAUACCUGAGAAUGCAACUUCACCAGUGAGAGAGUUUUGGGAGAGACGAGUUUUAAAUAUCACGGGCAGCAUCAAUGAGUUGGGCAGUGUCAGAUGGGAGUUGGCUCUCUGUCUGCUGUUGUCUUGGAUCAUCUGUUACUUCUGUGUGUGGAAAGGAGUGAAGUCAACUGGGAAGGUCGUUUACUUUACAGCUACGUUUCCUUAUGUGAUGCUUGCUGUGCUGCUCGUUCGUGGACUCACAUUGCCAGGAGCCAUGGAUGGGAUCAAAUUCUACCUUUACCCAGAUGCAUCCCGCCUCGCCGACCCACAGGUAUGGAUGGAUGCCGGGACACAAAUAUUUUAUUCCUAUGCAAUUUGCAUUGGCUGUCUAGUUGCAUUGGGCAGCUAUAACAAGUACAACAAUAACUGCUACAAGGAUUGUGUUUAUUUGUGCCUUUUGAAUAGUGGAACCAGUUUUGUUGCUGGUUUUGCCAUCUUCUCUGCGCUUGGAUUCAUGGCCUAUGAGCAGAACACUGACAUAUCAAAAGUGGCAGAAUCAGGACCUGGCUUGGCAUUUAUUGCCUACCCUCGGGCAGUCGCCAUGAUGCCUUUUCCUCAACUUUGGUCCAUAUUCUUUUUUGUUAUGAUCAUUCUUCUGGGACUGGACAGUGAGUUUGUAGGUCUGGAAGCUCUCACAACAUCAAUAUCUGACCUGUAUCCUGCCUUCUUCCUUGUCGGCCAUCGACGUAAACUUCUGCUUCUGUUCGUCUGCGUCUUCAGCUUUUUCAUCGGUCUUGUUAUGGUGACGGAAGGAGGACUGUACGUCUUCCAGGUGUUUGACUACUACGCCUGCAGUGGAAUGACUUUGCUUCUGUUUGCCUUUCUGCAGUCUGUGUGUGUUGGGUGGGUGUACGGUGCAGAGCACUUUUACGACAACAUUGAGGACAUGAUUGGAUACCGGCCUUUCCCCUUCAUUAAGUAUUGUUUGAAAUACGUCACUCCAGUGAUUUGCCUGGGGACUUUUGUUUUUUCCUUGGUGAAGUACACCCCUCUGAAGUUCGACAACACAAUAGAGUAUCCGUGGUGGGGUUACGCGCUGGGCUGGUGGUUCACUCUCUCCUCAACACUCAUGGUUCCCCUCUGGAUGCUGUACAAUCUGCUCAUCACUCCUGGCACCCUGCGAGAGAGAUUCUCUAUCUUGUGCACUCCAGCCGAAGACCUUCCUCUGACCAAAUCAGAAAAAAAAGCUAUUGAACUUCUCAGCCUGCCCCCACCUCAAAGCGACAUGGAUUGACGAGGCGAAUCUGUCCGAUCAGGAGAGAUGAACCUGAUUCCUACGUACCGUCGUUAAGGCGUAGAGUUAAACAGCUUUGCAUUUUCAUUCUAUUUCUAGAAACUGAAAUGCAAAAAAACUUAGUCAAUUUUCAAGCAAUGUUUUUCUAUCUUUCUUUUAAUGUUAGGCUCUCAUAAGAUAUCAAUAUAAGAACCAAUGCACUUAAAAUGUGUUACUUUACACUUUGUUGAACAUCUCAGAGUUUAAAAGGCUGUUUAAAAUGUUUGAGGGGUUUUUUCUAUUUGUUGUUAAAACAAAAUAAGCACAAAUUAUUUUCUUUGUUGGAAAAUAAUUCCUAGAAAAUUGACAUUUUAUAAAUCCUGUUACAUUAAAUCAAACCAUAUUAACCCUCUUAUUAUGAUCCUGUCAGCACAAACAAGCUGGUGCACGAGCUUGUUAUUGCAAUCAAAACCUACAGUAAUAAACAUUUUUCUACAGGCAUAUAAUCAAUAAAUCUAGGUGGUGCUUUGGUUGCUAAUUUUGAAUAGUUUUUAAUGUAACUGCACUUGUACCUGUAUAUUCCUGGAGAUUAUUUUUUCCCGAAAACAACACAAUGCACAGUUGCAAUUUAUUCAUAUUCCUGGCAAAUUUAUGUCAAAAGUAUAUAUUUGAAGGGGCAGAAUUAUGUAUUUUCAAGGCACAUAGUGCCAUUUAAUAGCACAAUCAAGUGCAUUUUUACCUUCACUUGUUAAAAAUACUGUACAGACAUAAAACAUGACUUAAAAGAAAUUUGAUUUAGCAAUUUAUUAGCUUGAAAUUGGGUCUCUGUCUCUUUAAGAAGCUCCUUGUCUUUCCGACACGCUGCCUUUAGUACGUUAUCAGAACAGCACUCCUUUAUUAUCCUGUCAACAAUGAUUUUACCUGCGUUGAACAGACUAAUUUCCAGACAAUUCUGGGUGAUCUGAGUGGGGGAGUCUUGUGGGAAGGGUUCUCUGCAAGGAAGAAGCUGGACUUGAAGACUGAAGCUCCAAGGAGAAACUUUGUUUAGGCACCAGAAAUGGCUGCCAGAUUGAAGGAUUUCUCAAACAAGUAUAAAAGAGUCAACAUAGACACAAUAUAGGCCAGGCUUGAAGUAAGUUUAAAAUUUUUGAGAAACUCUAGAGGAAGCCAAAGAGGAGGUUGAUGCCAGGGAAGAAGACUUAGAGUUUAUCACCAGAGAUAAAUUGUCAAAAUUGCAAUAAAACCAUGUAAAAAAAGAAAAAAGCUGCAUAGCAAUUAUUGUAAGGGAUAACUGUCUUGUUUUCUAACAGAAACAAUGUCUUUGCUAUUUAAAUCUGCCAGGAGUGUGAAUAAUUUGGGGUUUGAAUGUCAUUCUGAGUUUUAGGUCAAGGUAAAAACUCUUCCUGCUCAAUUGUUGGGCAGUCUACAAACAAACUGUAAUAAAAUAAUAUUUAAAAUAACAAAAACAAUUUGGAAAAAAAAAUUAAGAAAGUGUUGGGCAUAUAUUCCCUGCUUCAACACAUCAGGGUGUUUAAGCUGUUUCUGCUUGACCACAUGUUCUUUACUAUUAUUUAAAAUGACAUUUCUUUGGUUUCUUUUCAUGUCAGUAUAAAAGGGAGAAACAUAAAUGUGAAAUUGUCUUGUAGUGUUUCAAUUUCUCAUAGCCAAAUGGCCUGAGUGAUGCAGAAAAUCUGCGUUUAUCAAGCUCCUUUGGUUACCAGUGUUUAUAUAAAGAGUUGUGUGUCUAGUCAACCUUUUUCAACCACGCUUUGUCAACACGGAUUAACAUGCUUGUUGAUUUAACGCGAUGUGGAAUGCUAAUAGGCAAAGAUCUCUGGAGUGCUGCAGACUUAUUCAACAUACCAGAGUUGAUGUGCUUUACUUUAACUAUGACCUGAUGUUUGGUUCAAAACCCCGAGAGAACUGCUGAAGUGUAAAAAUGGUUUCUGUUGUAAAAAAUAUGAUAUUUUUCAUUGUUUUUUUACAUCCUGCACACAAAGACAACACAACAAAUGUUUAACUGUUGUAGCCGAGACUUGACUCAAAGACUUUAAUGCAUAUAUGGACUUGUGAUUUUCUGUCUUUUUGCAGCAAAGACAGCAAAGCAUUAAACUGUUAAUGCACCGUAAAUUGUCUCUCCAUCAAAUUCUGUGUUUACAAACAUAACUGACUGUCUUUUUUUUCUUUUUUUAAUAUUUCUAAGACAACCAUAGAUAUAUGAUCAGACAAAAGAGAGAGUCUAUUUUUUUAAAUAAAUAUAAUGUUGCAAAGUGACCUAAAAUUUAGUCCUGCAGAAAUACAACAAGAUGUAAAGUCAGUAACAGAUUUUUAAAGAGGAAUGUGGCAUUGAAGUACAUAAAUAUAACAUUUUUUUAGCAAGUUUAAUCUUGAACUACCUUGUAUUUGUUACUGAUGCUGCUUAUAAAGACAAUGUAAAGAAAGACCAACUGUGAUUUUGUUUUUCUGCCACUCCAGUGAGAGAGUGGAUGAGCUGUUAACGUCAGUUUUGAGUUGAAUGUGAUUCUCACACUAUAAAUCACUGUAAGUAGACAGAUAUGUAUUUUUUGACAUCUUUUUUUUCCUUUUUAAUCUUACUUUUAACUCUAUUUUUUUGGAGAUCCUUGUUUGGAUGUUAUUGUUUAUAUUAUUUUUGUGUGAUUUUAUCAUGUAUCACUAAAGAUUGUGUCAAUAUUGGUGACUAACGGUUUUAUGAAUCUGGGAAAUGCAUCAAAAGCAAGAAUUGUGCCGAUGCAAUUACGUGUGUGAUUGGUUUCAUUAGAGCUGUUGAGGAUGUCUUUCUACGACCUCUCUGUUCCUGCAAACUAACCGGUAACAACAAUUCAGAACCUCAGGUUAUCACAUAAAUUGUAGCUAAUCUGUUAACAGUUUUCCUUAGCAAAGUUUGAUAUUCAAAAAUGUUAAUAAAGUCUUAAAUGACUGCUUAA